CCUCCCAAACAGGACGCAGCACUCGCCUGAAAACUUUCGGAGCAAGAGCAAACUUCAGCCAUGGCCGAGAGACGCAUUCCCUUCAGCUUCAUGCACGGCCCAUCCUGGGACCCUUUUCGCGACUGGUACCAGGGCAGCCGGCUCUUCGAUCAAACCUUUGGGAUGCCACCCUUCUCCGAGGAGAUGCCCACUUUCCCGAGCACGCACUGGCCCGGAUACAUUCGGCCCUUUGUACAUCCCGACAUGCCCUCCUUAAUGCAGAGCCCAGCGAUGGCUCAGAUGCCCAUGUCACCCCCCGCGGUGAUGGUGCCUCCAAACUACGGACGGGCCCUUUCCCGACAGCUCAGCACGGGAAUGUCUGAAAUAAAGCAGACGCAGGACGCCUGGAAGAUCAGCCUGGAUGUCAAUCACUUCGCCCCAGAGGAGCUGUCGGUGAAGACCAAAGAUGGAGUGGUGGAGAUCACCGGCAAACACGAGGAAAGGAAGGAUGAACACGGCUUCGUGUCCAGAUGUUUCACCAGGAAAUACACUCUGCCCCCUGGUGUCGACUCUGAGAAGAUCACCUCCUGUCUGUCUCCUGAGGGCGUCCUGACCAUCGAAGCUCCUCUGCCCAAACCUGCAAUCCAGGGCUCUGAAAUCAACAUCCCUGUUAACACAGGCAGCAGCACAGCGACCGUCAGCGCCACAAAGAAACCCUGAGCACUACAACACACACACACACACACACACACACACACACACAGAUAACAAUUUUUUUCAGCAUGAAAGUCUUGCUACUUCUGGUCUAUGUAAACUACAGGUAGGAGAAGAUGGAUCGCCGUACUGCAUUCCCAUCUCAUUUUUUACGUCUUUCUAUUUCAUCUUUGUCACUCUUUCUUCUCUUCCUCUCUUCUACUUGUAGUAAAUCAGUGUCUAUGUACACAAUCUCUUGAAAACAUGCUCAUAUUUCACUCCCAAAUCAAAUUAAAAAUUAAAAAACAGCUUGCUUCAUGACCAAUAAUAUAUUGUCAUGGCAAUUAACCAUUUUACCCCAAAUACUUAUAAUGGAAAAAUAUUAUUUAUUUAUAUUUUAAAUAAAAUUGUGCAUAUAGAGUAUUGAUAUUUAAUUAUAUGCAUUUUUUUUUAAAUAUUGAGAAACCCAUUUUUAUUAUGACAAUAAUGAGAAUGAGAUUUUUUUUUUUUUUUUUGGCACUACAGUAAUGUGAGAAUCGAAAAAUGUCACAAUUUAAAUGCUUCUAAAAUAUGAUUGGUCUUUAUGCAAGUCUUUUGAUUUUGAGAUGAAUUAUGAUAUUUCUUCAGGAGCUUCACAUAACUGCAGUUUUACUAUAUAUGCUGGUUUUGCUACAGUUUUAACACCUUUUUUGAACCACUAGCAAACAUACACAGUCAGGCACAAUAAAAACAAUGUUUGUUUUCAUCAAAAAUUGCUCUGCCUCUAAAAUUUGUUUUCUGCUUAUGUCACCUGGUCCAUAUUAGCUGUUAGUUAAUGUUAACCAGUAGUCAAAUACUGUAGCGAUUUCACCAUAGACUACUGUUGUAGGUAUUGCAGCCUUUUUAAAACCAAUCUGACUCGCAAAUGAGGAAAAAAAUUCAGUUUGACUUUAUCAUACUGCUGGGAGAGUAACAAUAUGGUUUCUUCACAUCAGUCUUCAGAUUGGUCUCUUUGGGUUUCUGAGGCAUUACAUAAUGUUCUAUAUUACUGUAAUAAAGACUUUCCCAUCAUGAGCUAUCCUAAUGGUAGAACUGGGAAUAAACAUCUUCAAGGCAAGGCAAAUGAUUUUCUGGCAUUUAUUUGUUUUGUCAUUAUGGUCAAAACCACACUCAAUCAUUUAUUAUAUAUUUUGUAAUAACAGAGUGUCUAUUUACACUAAGUGCAAAUAGCGUCGCUUGUUGGCAAAUGCUAUUUACACUAGUUCCGCCCACCAAUGUCUGGUUGGGCCACUCAAGUUUAAAAAAAGGCGCACAGAAUUCAGCAUCUUCAGUGGUGCAGCAGUAGUAAGGCUUGCACACCUGGCUUUUAACGUGAUCGACACACGUUCGAAUCCGCCUUUUGCCGAAUUCACUCUUCUCCAUUUUCCCAUCACAUAUCACACCAGAAAGGCAUAUAUAUAUAUUUUUUUUUUCUAAAAGUGCAAAUAAACUGCCAAAUGAGUGUUUAAUAAAAGUAUUUAUUGGGUUAGGGGAAGGUGUAUGGAGGGAUUUUAUUCUCCCAGUAAGGCAGCAUCCAUUUAAUAAUUUUAACAAAUAUAAUCAUUUACAAUCUAUGAUAUUGUUGCAUCCUGUUAAUGUACAAAAAUACUCGGGUGCAAAUAAUAUCUGCCUAUAUAAAGAUAGCAUCUAAUUACUAUUUACACUUAUUGCAAAGAACUGCUACUUUUACAUGGUGUAAAUAGAAUGUAUUGCUAUUUUCACCUAGUGUAAAUAGCAUGUCGCUAAGAAAAUGCUGCUAUUGUCACUUAGUGUAAAUAGAAUAAAUUGCUAUUUUCACUUAGUGUAAAUAGCCACUGACUUAAUAAUUUGACAAUCCUCCCAACUAAAUAUCAGAUAAAUGUUUGAAGAUUCCAGCUGGACUUGCUUAUGAAAGAAAUGGGUGAUGCUGGUUCUUGAUCGUCGUCUCUCUCUCACACAACAGGAAUAAUUUUGUCGAAACUUUCAUGAAUCUAAACAUAAGAUCAAUACCGUUAUUGACUGUAACUGUAAGAGGUGCCUUAAAAUAGCAGAGAUGAGAUAGAAACCACUUUAAUAAGUAAUAGAAAUUGUUUGAACUGUUUUAUGCAUAAUGUAUUUCAUAGUGUAGCCAUGCAUGUAAGCUUCAUCUACUGAAAUAGCAUCUGUAUGCAUGUUUCAUGAUCACUGCACACAGUUUACAUCAGUGUUAGAAAGAUCUUUCAAAAUUAUCAUUUUAAUAUUACCCAUGCAGUUUUGCAGCAUUUUUUGUUUUAAACCAUGUACAGUGAUUUAAUAGAUGGCCAUGUAGUAUGAUUAGAAAUGAUGACUGUACUGAUUCUGACGGCCCUGAAAAAGGGAUUUCCUUAUAGUGAACAGAAUCUUACCUGGCCUGUUGAGGAGGUACAGUACAAAUAAGUAUGCAAAAUGUUUGCAUAUCUAUAUGAAUUUUAGGCUCUAUUCUAGAUUAAUUCAAGUUUAUGUUAAAAUGCACAUAUUCAUGCUUAAUAUGCAGAUACAACUAUAAACUAUUGGUGAUCUCACUGUGGUGAUGUAAAUGUAUUCCUGUUUAAGUGGCAUCAGAUUGCAACAUUGGCUCAACCAGUGGCAUGCGAUUGAGACGGGUGAAGUGUUUAAGAAACCAGUUUGAAAACUGCAUUAUUAUUGCAAUUCCAGUUGGUGUAUUGGCAAUAAAUUAUACCAUUAAAAGAUUUACAUGGUGGAAAUUGGUGCCAGAUCAGUGAAAAUCAGUCAGUACUGUCACUGUUCUUUUUAAAAGCUUGAAUAAAUGAUUUUAUCUCUUU